CUUAUAUUUAUAUAUUCCCCACUUACGCCCAUCAAUCCAUCCAUCCAAUAUUCGUUAUUACUAUUAUUGUUAUAUCUCCUUUGUAUCUUCCAAAAAUCAAAUCAAUUUCUCAAAUUCCUAUCAAAUUCAACUAUGUCUCAGACUGUUGUUCUUAAGGUUGCUAUGUCGUGUGGUGGCUGUUCUGGGGCCGUGAAGAGGGUUCUUGGCAAAAUGGAAGGAGUGGAAAGUUUUGAUAUUGAUAUGGAGCAACAGAAAGUGACUGUGAAGGGUAACGUUCAGCCAAAUGCUGUUCUGGAGACUGUUUCCAAGACUGGAAAGAAAACUGAGUUCUGGCCAACUGAAGGAGCUUCAGCUACUGCUUGAUUAUGUGAACUAAAGGUUUAUGGAUCUCAGUAUUAAGUUCUAUAGAUUGUUGUCUCUUUUUUUUUGUGUGUGUUUUUGUUAUUCUGUAAAUCUAAAUCCGUUCUAUAUGAAUGUAACAUUUGGUAAUUUGCAAUUGAAUAAAUGCAAAACAUAAUUAUUGUCUUGGGAA